AUGGCUCCAAACUCUUUCAUAACACCUGGGGGUCUGCAACAAAGGCCCGAAGUAAAUAUAAAUGAGUCACCGCAAACGGACACUUUAUCGUCAAAUUAUUUCACACAGAGUUGGUCAGAAUGGACAUCGCUAGUAUCUCAGCAAAAACCACAAAUACCUAAGCCACCGACUGAUUCGCUAAAACUUCAACAGUAUAUCAUCAAUAGUAAUGGCUGGUGGCCAGUAUUUGGUGGUGAACCAAAGCUAAAAAGAAAAUGUGACUCUACGACUUCGGCUUUUGUUGUUUCGCCAAUGUCUAGACAAACACCCGUUAGUUUGGUCCCUUCUGAAUUCUCCAAACGACGAAAAAUACAUAAUUGCCCUCAUUUCUCGUCUCAAUUUUCAUGUAAAAAUUAUCUCGCAGUCGAAUGGGAUCCUGAAGAAAACGAGACUACGACUUCUGCGUUACCGCAAGAAAACUUUGCUGCAGUCACCAGUAGAAUAUUGUUGGUUCGAAGAUUGAAAGCAAAACAAGGAAAUAUGUUAAAGGGUGAUGCUGCUUCAAGGUUUCGUAAAAAUAUCUUGGUGAAAGUGGCUCAAGGUGGUGUUACUUAUGGUGAUAUAAACACAGUGAUUGAAAGUCCAGCAAAUGAUGCUGAUGUUAUAAUCAAACGACCUUGGAGAGAUGGCACAACAGAGCCGGGGGAAGGCCAAAUCUUUCCAAAUGCGACAUCGGCUCACGAGCUUUUAGAACAAGCUCGUGAAUAUUUUCGUGUUCACAAAGACACAUCUGUAAUAGAUCAUUUCAAUUAUGACAUGUCUGACGAUGGAAAGCAUACACUUAUAGUUGCGAGUGGCAUAACGAACAAUGAAGCUAUUUUAACAAAAAAUGUGAUUAAGGGGCCACCAAUACUUUUUAGGGGCAUAGCACAUAAAGUUGGGACAGUACCAUUGUUAACUAAAAUAUUAUGGGCCGACGAAACCGCUUAUUCAUAUGAGACUAAAGCGGAUCAGCAGGUUGAUCAAGAACCAUUAGUCGUAGGAAAUAAAAUUAUGCUUGUAUCAGCUUUGCAAGCAAGAAACAAUGCAAGAAACUUUGCCAAAGAUUUGACAAAGUGGACUUUUCAAGAACAAGGAGUCCUCAAAGUCACUUCUAGUCGUCAUCAUAAGAAAGGCGAAGACGAAGAGUUAGAAGUUUAUCGUAUUAAGGAUUACAUUACCUAUACCAUUGAAAUUUCUGAAUAUGUAAAUGAUCAUUGGCAACCUUUUAAUGGUACCGAUGUACAAUUUGAAGCCAUAAUGUUGGAUCCCUACAUUAGAAAAACUCUUACGCCAUUUCCCACUUCCCCAGAACAACAAUCACGAAAAUAUGAAGCGCACAUUCAAUUACCGGAUGUUUAUGGUGUAUUCACGUUUAAGGUUAAUUACAAACGAUCUGGUUAUUCAUAUAUCGAGGAUUCAACUGUUGUAGCAAUUAGACCCUUCAGACAUAAUGAAUAUCCAAGAUAUAUAUCUGCUGCAUAUCCUUAUUAUACAGGAGCUGCAUCAAUGAUAAUUGGUUUCUUAUUAUUUUCAGCUGUUUGGUUUUUCAAUAGGGAAAAUAGAGUAAAAAAGAAGACGAGCUAA